AUGCCAAUUGUUCGGUGGCUAUUAUUGAAAAGCGCAGUUAGAGGUUCUUCUCUAAUAGGCAAAGCUCACCCUUGUUUAAGGUCUAUUGCUGCACACCCUAGGUAUUUAUCUAAUGUGUACUCACCACCAGCAGGCGUCAGUAGAUCACUGCGCAUCAAUGUAAUGUGGAAGCAGAGUAAAUUAACUCCCCCAAGAUUUGUGAAGAUCAUGAAUAGACGCCCUCUGUUCACAGAAACUAGUCACGCCUGUGCGAAGUGCCAAAAAACGUCACAAUUACUAAAUAAAACCCCAAAUCGUGAAAUUCUUCCUGAUAAUGUCGUUCCUUUACACUACGAUUUAACCGUGGAACCUGAUUUCAAAACAUUCAAAUUUGAAGGCUCAGUCAAAAUUGAGCUAAAAAUUAAUAAUCCUGCAAUUGAUACGGUAACAUUGAACACCGUCGAUACCGACAUCCAUUCUGCAAAAAUCGGUGAUGUCACAUCUUCCGAGAUUAUCUCUGAAGAGGAGCAACAAGUCACCACAUUUGCGUUUCCUAAAGGGACCAUGUCUUCUUUCAAGGGUAAUGCAUUUUUGGAUAUAAAAUUUACUGGUAUUUUAAAUGAUAAUAUGGCUGGCUUUUACAGAGCCAAAUAUGAGGACAAGUUAACAGGUGAGACAAAAUACAUGGCUACUACUCAGAUGGAACCUACUGAUGCUAGAAGGGCCUUCCCAUGUUUUGAUGAGCCUAACUUGAAAGCCUCUUUUGCUAUUACUUUAGUUUCAGACCCAUCUUUGACACACCUAUCCAAUAUGGACGUCAAGAACGAAUACGUAAAGGAUGGAAAAAAGGUCACUUUGUUCAAUACGACCCCUAAAAUGUCAACUUACCUUGUUGCUUUUAUUGUUGCUGAAUUGAAGUACGUUGAAUCCAAGAACUUUCGUAUUCCUGUCAGAGUUUACGCCACCCCAGGUAACGAAAAACAUGGUCAGUUUGCCGCGGAUUUGACUGCCAAGACUUUGGCAUUUUUUGAAAAAACUUUUGGCAUCCAAUAUCCUCUACCUAAAAUGGACAAUGUUGCUGUUCACGAAUUUUCUGCAGGAGCUAUGGAAAAUUGGGGGUUAGUCACUUAUAGAGUGGUUGAUCUACUACUAGACAAAGAUAACUCUACAUUAGAUCGUAUUCAAAGAGUGGCUGAGGUAGUUCAACAUGAAUUAGCUCACCAAUGGUUUGGUAACUUAGUUACUAUGGACUGGUGGGAAGGCUUAUGGCUAAAUGAAGGUUUUGCUACUUGGAUGUCAUGGUAUUCAUGUAAUGAGUUUCAACCAGAAUGGAAAGUUUGGGAACAGUAUGUUACUGAUACCUUACAACAUGCAUUAAGCCUUGACUCUUUAAGGUCCUCUCAUCCGAUCGAAGUACCUGUAAAAAAAGCUGACGAAAUUAACCAAAUCUUUGAUGCCAUCUCUUACUCAAAGGGUGCUUCUUUAUUAAGGAUGAUUUCGAAAUGGUUAGGUGAAGAAACUUUUAUUAAAGGUGUAUCCCAAUACCUGAAUAAAUUUAAAUACGGUAAUGCGAAGACUGAAGACCUAUGGGAUGCUUUAGCGGACGCCUCCGGUAAAGACGUUCGUUCUGUGAUGAACAUCUGGACUAAAAAAGUUGGUUUCCCAGUCAUUUCAGUUAGCGAAGAUGGUAACGGUAAAAUAACAUUUCGCCAAAACCGUUACUUAAGCACAGCUGAUGUCAAGCCCGACGAGGACAAAACCAUCUAUCCUGUAUUUUUGGCUUUGAAGACUAAAAAUGGAGUUGACAGUUCCGUUGUAUUGAGUGAAAGAAGCAAAACUAUUGAAUUAGAAGAUCCUACCUUUUUCAAAGUUAACAGCGAACAAUCCGGAAUUUAUAUAACAUCCUACACCGAUGAAAGAUGGGCAAAACUGGGUCAACAAGCUGACUUAUUGUCUGUUGAGGACCGUGUCGGUCUGGUUGCUGAUGUCAAGACACUAUCUGCUUCUGGCUACACUUCAACUACUAAUUUUUUGAACUUAGUCUCCAAAUGGAAUAAUGAAAAGUCAUUUGUCGUCUGGGACCAAAUAAUCAACAGCAUAUCUUCAAUGAAAUCUACUUGGUUAUUCGAACCAAAGGAAACCCAGGAUGCGCUUGAUAACUUCACGAAGCAACUAAUAAGCGGUAUGACACACCACUUGGGUUGGGAAUUCAAAUCUUCUGAUUCGUUCUCCACUCAACGUUUGAAAGUGACCAUGUUUGGUGCUGCUUGUGCCGCAAGGGACGCAGACGUUGAAAAAGCUGCUCUAAAAAUGUUUACUGAUUAUUGCAGCGGUAAUAAGGAAGCCAUCCCAGCAUUGAUUAAACCAAUUGUAUUUAACACUGUGGCAAGAGUUGGUGGUGCAGAAAACUAUGAAAAAGUUUACAAAAUCUACUUAGAUCCAAUCUCUAACGAUGAAAAAUUAGCCGCAUUAAGAUCUUUAGGCAGAUUUAAAGAACCUAAAUUAUUAGAAAGAACCUUAGGAUAUUUGUUUGAUGGCACUGUCUUAAACCAAGACAUUUAUAUUCCAAUGCAAGGAAUGAGAGCUCAUCAAGAAGGUGUAGAGGCUUUGUGGAAUUGGGUUAAAAAGAACUGGGACGAACUCGUAAAGAGACUACCUCCUGGUCUUUCAAUGCUAGGCUCCGUCGUCACAUUAGGUACCUCUGGCUUUACAUCAAUGCAAAAAAUAGAUGAGAUUAAGAAAUUCUUUGCCACUAAAUCCACGAAAGGUUUCGAUCAAAGUUUGGCUCAAUCACUGGACACUAUUACUUCGAAAGCGCAGUGGGUUAACAGAGACCGUGAUGUCGUCAACAAGUAUUUGAAGGAAAAUGGUUACUAUUAA